CCAGCUUGCAUUGUGAGGUGACGUCAUGUCGUAAGGCGCAGAGAGCAAGAUGGCGGAGGGGGGAGAGGAGGACGCGGAGCUGCAGGAGAUUCUGGAGAGCGCUCUCAGUGAUUUUGACAAUACCAGUCCAGCCUCGCAGCCUGCUCACCCCAACCCAGCAGCAGCUCAGAAACCCCCAUCAGGGGCCGCAACUGAGCCUCUGUUCUCGGCACAGGAUCGCUUUUUCCAGGAGCUCUUUGACUCGGAACUGGCGGCUCAGGCUUCAGCAGAGUUUGACAAUGCUAUGAAGGAGUUGGCAGGACAGGAGCCACAGCUCGUUGAACAGUUCCAUAAGCUGUCUGAGAUCGUGGGCAGGGUUGGAACUGACCCGGCUUCGCAGCAAGAAUUUACUUCCUGUUUACAGCAAACACUCAGCGGAUUGGCUAAGAAUGCAAGUGACCUUCAGGGCUCAGAACUGUCAGAAGAGGAGCUGUCUCAGGCCAUGGACGGCCUGGGGCUGGGCGACGGUGAUUCAGAGGCUGGCCUGGUCCCCAUCAUGCAGGGCAUUGUGCAGGGCUUGUUGUCCAAGGAGCUGCUUUACCCGUCCGUGAAGGAGAUUGCUGACAAGUACCCGGAGUGGCUGGAGUCACAGCGCCCCUCGCUGCCGGAGGAGGAGCUGCAGAGGUUUCAGCAGCAGCACAGGCUGAUGGGAAGGAUCUGCGCAGAGUUCGAGGCAGAGCGGGAUGGUGAGCCGGAGGACAGAAAGAACGCUCGCUUUGAGACCAUCCUGGACCUCAUGCAGCAACUUCAGGAGCUCGGAACACCACCCAAGGAGCUUGCAGAAGUGCUUCCGGGACUGAACUUCGACUUGGACAGCGCGAACGUAUCCGAGAGUGCGGCCAUGGGGAGUGAGCAGUGCUUGGUCAUGUGAUGGAGCCCAGGUCACAAUUUGGCUCGUCUGGAGCUCGCCCAUUGAACUCUGGUUUGUGGGGUGAGGGGGUGAGGGGGUGAGGAGUGGGAUUGAGCAGGGUCCCUCUGAUCCAGCUGCCCCUCCUCCCCGAAAUAGAUCAGCUUCUGCUGUCUUCCCUUGCCCUCCAUGGAUACCAUCAUCUCAGUGACAUCAUGACCUACCUCUUGGCAAAUUUGGGGCAAAGUUCACAUCACUGGAAUAAGAGCUCGUGACCAGAGUGGAGGCACACUUUAGUCCCCUGUCCCAUCCACAGAAGUCCAGGAUCUUAUUUACCAACAUGAAAUCCCGCUGCCUGGUUGGUUGAGUGCAUGUUGUGAAGGGAUAUCGGGUGUCCGCUUGCAGAUCAAAUUGGACUCUGUAUAAUUUACAUUAACUUGUCACUGUGGGAUUUGUGUAUAUAAUGACUGGGUUUUGGUUAUAAUAAUUAAUGUAACAGACUAAUAAAUUUAUUCAUGA